UCUUUAUAUAAGUGUCAGUCAAGUAGAGACGCCUUUAAAAUUAUCGUUGUAAAAUUAUCUCCAAGAUUGUCCUUCGGUUCUGAUAAUAGUUCAUGGUUUUACAACUUUUUUUUUUCUUAUUUAACUCUACGAAUUUUACUCGCUUCUAAGGCUAAUGGAACUUGCAUUUUAAUUUGAAUUCUUCUCAUGUUUGAGGAAACUCAAGUUCAUGUCACAUUUAAUUUUCUUGCUAAAGGAAAAACUAGAGCUUGUCCUUGAGAAUUUUUAGAUAAUUAGCAUCCUUGUUGUUAUUACUGACAUUUGAAAAGGAAAACACAUUUAUAAACUGUUUUGCUUUUUUGUAAUAGAUUGUUAAAAGAUGAUGUGGAAUUUUGUUAUCAUAUUGGUUGCUGUGCUGGUAUAUGUGUAUUUAUCUCCGUUUUUCAAGAAACUUGAUCCUGUCAGCUAUAGUGUUUCUCUUCCUGAUAAAUUAACUGGACCACUUGAGCCCAAUGAAAUACUUGAUAGAACAGAGAAGUUAUUUGAAAAUACUCUGCACUGGCCAGAAGCCUUUGCAGUUUGGAAAGAUAAAAUCUAUACUGGUCUUGGGGAUGGAAGAAUAGUCUCCAUAUCUGGGAACAAAAUGGGUGUUGUCUGUCGUACUGGUACAGAAUGUGCUGGUCAACAUGAAGAGCACUUAUGUGGGCGACCAUUGGGUAUGCAAUUUGACAAAAAAGGUCUCUUGUAUGUUGUCGAUGGUUAUCUGGGACUACUAAGUGUUGAUGUUGAAACUGGUAAAAAGAAAGUGAUUCUACCUUCUAGUACACUUGUUAAUGACAAGCCUUUAUUCUUCCUUAAUGACCUGCAUCUUGAUGAAAAGGAAAAUGUUAUUUAUUUGACUCAAUCUAGUACAAGAUGGAAUAUAAGCAUGGUCAUUGUUAGCAUUUUGGAACAUGACACUUCAGGAAGAUUACUGAAAUUUGAUCUUAAAACUAAGCAAGUGACUGAAGUUUUGCCUGAUCUUGCAUUUCCUAAUGGAGUUGAACUUAGUCAUAAAGGUGAUUCGCUCUUGGUGGCUGAAGGAAACAAUCAUAAAAUAUUCAAGUAUUAUCUUUCAGGACCGACAAAGGGACAAAAAACAGAUCUUCCUUUAGUCUUGCCUGGAGAACCUGAUAACAUAUCUCGAAAUAAGAGAGGAAAUUAUUGGGUUGGUCUUGCAAGUUGUCGCUCGAAAGAGAACCCUACAAUUUACGACAGAGUCUCAGAGUUGCCUUUCCUAAGGCAGUGGUUUCUUCACUUACACAGGUUGUCGACAGCCCCCAUCAGAGCCCUUUUAGGUGUUAUACCUAAUAAGUGGGCCAAUGAAGUUGGAUUUGAACUCCAGAGUGGGCGCAUAGUAGCUGAUCUACCAAUGAGUCAUGGCAUCAUAGUCGAGAUUGAUGACAACGGAAAAAUAAUAAGGAGUCUGCAAUCUCCCUCAGGAAAAGUGGUUCAUAUAUCUGAAAUCUUAGAACACAACGGCUACUUGUAUCUUGGUUCCUGGCGAAAUCAUUACUUAGGCAGAUUAAAAUUGUAAAAUUCAUUUGAAGCAAAAGAAAAUCAAAUCACAAAAGAUAAUUAUUUUUUGACAUUUAUUUAAGAACAAAUUUGAACAUUUAACAAUUUUUUAUACUUUCAAGUUUAUGUGCUUGCAAAAUGAUUCAAUGAGUUUUAUUUUUAUAAUAUGAAUGUCUCUGGAAUAACGGAAAAUGCAUUGGAAAUUUUGAGGAUUUUUCUCUCCUAUUUGUAAUGAAAAAUAAACUAUUAUAUUUUUGUA